AUGGCUGUUCUCCGGCUGUCGCUGCUGCUGCAAGUGGGAUUUGUGAUCGGAUCAAACCAUAAAUACGGAGGAGAAGACACCGGAGCCCGGGCGGAGGUUCACGGAGCUCAGACCCACCGUCGGCAGCUGGCUCCUCAUCCUCCUCCUCCUCAUCCUCCUCCUCCUGCUGCUGCCGCGGAGCUGGCGCAGCAAAUCCAGGAGGGUCUCCCCCGGGUGGUCGCGGCUUUCCUGCACACGGGGGACUCGACCACCUUGAAACACGCCAACUGCUCCCGGAGGUUCGAGCUCGCCUCUCUGCGGGGAAGGUCACCCGCCGCCCCGCACGCCUCCCUGGGCAGCGUGCUGGACACGGUGCUGCACGCCACCAACUUCCUCAACGUGGUCCUGCAGACCAACAGGUCCAGGGAGCAGAGCCUCCGGAGAGACAUCGAGUGGUACCAUGCCCUGGUGAGGAGCAUCCUGGAGGGAGACGCCAAGAUCCACCGGGCUGUGGUGACGUUCAGCGCUGACUCCUCCGUGGCCGGGCCCUCGAUGCUCCUCCAGGCCACCAGGGCCGGUGGGGAGAUCCUCCUGCAGGACCUCAGCAGCCUGGCCCACCAGCAUCUGCACAACCGCACCGCCGACACAGAGUGGUACCACCAGGUCAGAGACAGGAAGAAGCCCACCUUCCAUAAGAGGGUUCUGAGCCGGGACUUUAAAGCAGUUGACAGCUCUUUGCUCAGAGGAGAGAGUUUCAUCCCUGACCGGACGCAGGUGAAGUGGUCUGCUCCCUACCUGGACUGUGAGGACGGGAACUUUGCUCCUCGCUGGCUUUUGACCCUGUCGGCUGCUUUCUACGGCCUCAGGAACAACCUGGCUCCUGAGUUCAGGGGCGUGGUGCGAGUGGACAUUAAUCUGCAGGAUGUUGAUAUCGACCAGUGCUCCACCGACGGCUGGUUUGCUGGAACCCAUCGAUGCAACCAGACCACCAUGGAGUGUUUGCCGAUUCGUGGUCAAGGAUUCGUCUUGGACAAAUACAAGUGUCACUGCAAGAAAGGAUUCUAUCAUCCCAACCGGGUCGCUGUCAAUGGCUUCACACGGACGGGGAACCAGGGGAAAGCAGCGGACAGCGGUCCCAACGCGGACGAGGCGUCCUCCAGCGACUGCCUGGCGUGCCAGCCGGGCUGCGCCUUCUGCAAGGACGACACGCCCUGCGUGGCCCGGGAGGACGGCGCCCUGCGCAUGGCCGUGGUCUCCUUCCAGUGCCUCUGCAUGCUGGUGGUCUUCAUCAGCAUGGUGCUCGUCUACUACUUCCGCAGGAACAAGAGUAUCAGAGCGUCUGGUCUGGUCCUGCUGGAGGCCAUCCUGUGUGGAGCCCUGCUGCUCUACUUCCCGGUCGGGAUUCUUUACUUCCAGCCGAGUGUUUUCCGAUGCAUCCUGCUGCGAUGGGUCCGUCUGCUGGGUUUUGCCACCGUCUAUGGGACUCUGACUCUGAAGCUGUACAGGGUGCUAAAGGUGUUCCUCUCCCGGACGGCCCAGAGGAUCCCCUACAUGACCAGCUGGCGAGUGCUGCGUCUGCUGGGCAUCAUCCUCCUCAUCGUCUGCUGGUUCCUGGUGGCGUGGACAUCUGCCGUCUGUCAGAACCCGGACAGGAAGUCCACCCUCAUCGACGUGGGCUACACGCCCGACGGGCUGCAGUUCAGCAUGUGUCUGCUGGACCGCUGGGACUACAUGAUGGCUGUCGCCGAGUUCCUCUUCCUGCUGUGGGCAGUGUACCUGUGCUACGCCGUGAGGACGGUGCCGUCGGCGUUCCACGAGCCGCGCUACAUGGCCAUCGCCGUUCACAGCGAGCUCGUCCUGUCAGCGAUAUUCCAUGUGAUCAGGUUCACUCUUGCCCCUGAGCUCCAUCCAGACUGGAUGCUGCUGCUGUUCUUCACCCACACCCACCUAACUGUCACAGUGACACUGGGUCUGCUUCUCAUUCCUAAGUUCCUGUUUGCUGGCGCCCACAUGAGAGACGAUAUUGCCUCUGAGGCCUACGAGGACGAGCUGGACAUGGGUCGAUCUGGGUCGUACCUAAACAGCAGCAUCACCUCUGCAUGGAGCGAGCACAGUUUGGACCCUGAGGACAUUCGGACACCAGAGGAAAUGGGCCAUCUCAGUUCUAUUAAUGGCUGUGGCGUAAGGCCUUGUGACAGUCAUUGGGAAAAACGUACCAACGAGGAGUUGAAGAAACUCUACUCCCAGUUGGAGAUUUACAAGCGGAAGAAGAUGCUGGCGAACAAUCCUCAUCUCCAGAAGAAGCGCAGCUCCAAGAAAGGGCUGGGUCGCUCGCUGAUGAGGCGCAUCACAGAAAUCCCUGAAUCUGUCCACCGUCAAUGCAGCCGGGAAGACAAGGAGUUGGGGGAGCAUGGGAGCAAUCGUAACAGCAUUUGCAUGUUGAAAAAGAAUCCCUUCGAUCCGCCUCACCCAGGAAAACCAGCCAAGGAGGAGACGCUAAAGAACAAGGUUUUCUCCCUGAAGAAGUCCCACAGUAGCUACGACCACGUCCGCGACCAGAACGAAGACUCCAACAGCUCCACAACAGACAAGAUGGAGGUGACUCCGGCGGAAGGAUCCCUCCUGGAAACGCUUAUGGGCAAGAAACUGGUCAAGAAGAAAUCUAGUGAGAAUGUAAGUGUCCCCAGCGAUUCUACAGAAUGUGUCCCUUUGGUCUGCAAGUCUGCCAGCGCCCAUAACCUCACUGCAGACAAGAAACCAAUUCAUCCGAAAGCUUCAAUGCUGCAGAAGUCACUCAGUGUCAUCGCCAGUGCCAAAGAGAAGACUUUGGGUUUGACAGGAAAGGCCCCGAGUGCAGAGGACAACAAUAAGAAGAGUCAGUCGAAGAGCAAAGAGACAAGGGCCGGUGCAGAGCCAGAAAACGAAGGCCCGUCUAAGAUGAUUAUCAGCCAGUCGGUUGAGUACAAACAGACUGUGGCUAAAGGUACGAUUAUGAAACAGCCAGUAAGCGGCAGCGAGCCAUCAAUCUGUUCCGAUCCAGUCAAGGGAAAGGACCUCUACGAUCUCUCGGAGGUUUGCCCCUGGGAAGUGGAAGAUGUCCCAACUCCAACUGAAAACAAAGUCCAAAAGCACGUAUCUAUCGCACCAAAGGAAACCACGACAGUUCACGGAGGGAGCACCAAGGGAGGCAAAUCUCAGCAGAAGCAGAAAGCAUCCGAUCACUCGAGUGGCAGGAAUUCAAAGGAGAUUCAGAAGACGACUGCUGUUCGGGCAGAGGUUUGUCCCUGGGAGGACGGAGGUGAGAGUAACGUUAGUCAAGGGGAAGGGUCAAAGCAACAAUUAUCUAGUCAGACUAGUCAAUUUGCUAAAACCCAGCCGCCUCAUUCUGCAGUAGAAAGCUCCAAAACAGCUCGGGUAGACGUUUGUCCUUGGGACUUUGAGGAGCCUCAAACAACAACAGAAGUGUCUCGCUCAUCAGAUACGAUAAAGCAGAAAAAAGGUACAUCUCCUGUGGACUCUAGAGGGAAAAGUGUCCUUUCAGAUCCAUCCAAAGUAGGAGGCUCACUCCAGCCACCGACUAAAGCUGAUGUGUGUCCCUGGGACUAUGACAGUACUGCAGUAUCUCCAAAUUCUGAGAGGACGCCAAGUCCCUCUCAAGUUGCCAAAACCAAGGAAGACCUUUCAAAAAAGAAGGCUACCCCUUCCACAAGAACACUUGACAAAGAGAAAUCAAAAGACACUGAUGAUGAGAAAAGUAGAACAAAAUCUAAGGACAAGAGUAAAUCAUCAGAGAGACACGCAAUUCCGCAAAAGCUGGCCGAGGUUUGUCCGUGGGAUGUAGAGAGUCAGCCGGAGGUACCGCUGGUGGAAAAAAGGAAAAGCGUGAAUGUUGGAGCCGCCAAACCAAAACCGGCUGAAGUCUGUCCAUGGGAGUUUGAGGAUACGUCAGCUAGUAAAGGGACAGACAAAAGUGCUUCUGUGGUCAAACAGAGCAAUCCUAAAGGCGGCGUCGAAGCUGCUGCUAAAAAGGCAGAUGUUUGUCCCUGGGACUUUGAGGAGAGCACAUCAAGCAAGCAGGCAUGA